AUGGCGGCCGCCGCAGGCGACGGCGGCAGCGUCCCGCCGAAGACCCCAAUAGCGGAGGCGCCUCCCGCUUCUCGGCCGCACGUGACCCGCAAUGCCAUGCCGUGGCAGAAAUGCGUCGCCGGCGUUCAAUUGGCUCUCAAAGAUCCGAAGGUGGUGUUCCUGAGGGAGCAGAUCGAGAAAGCCGGGUGCACCGUAUGGCCGACGCUUUUCCGGGCGGCCAUCUGCACGUCCAGCGGGAACUACGCAAGCGGCGUGGGGGUACAAGUUUGCUGUAAUCACAUGCGAAGGCAAGAUGAGAUAAAUCAGGUCAUAAUUCAUGAGUUAGUACAUGCUUAUGAUGACUGUGUUGUCAAGAACAUCGACUGGAAAAACUGCGCUCACCAGGCUUGCUCUGAGAUUCGAGCUAAUCAUCUUAGUGGCAAUUGCCAUUACAAACGUGAACUGAUGAAAGGCUUCCUGAAGAUAAAGGGGCAUGAGCCAGAAUGUGUCAAAAGACGUGCGCUGCUUUCUGUCAAGAACAACCCGCACUGUUCAGAAAAGGCUGCAGAAGCUGCAGUUGAGAAGGUGUGGGAUAUGUGCUACAACGACCCACGCCCGUUUGAUAAGGCUCUAUGA